GGGGCGGGGCGGGAGGGGCCGGUCGGUACCUGCGCGGCCGCGGCCUCACCUGGAGCCGCGCGGAGCAGCGGGCGGGGGCGCGGCGCUCGGUAGCGGCGGGGCCAUGCGGGGGUCGCGCUCCGGGCUCUGCCCGCUCCUCCUGCUCCUACUCCUACCGGCUGCCGCCGCCCCGGCCCGGCCGUGCGCUCCCCCGGGGCCAGCAGCCUUUGGGGAUGGCACGAUGCAGCAUGAGGAUGAGGAGCCCCAUGCAGGAGUGGUGGCACCGAGGCACCCUGGGUGGCUGCCUGUGACACCCCAGGACGCCACCAGCCAGCCGGUCCCCGUGCGGAGACGGCGCUCCCUGCAGGAGGUCCCUGAUGUCCCCGGGGCUCUGAGGAGGCAGAAGAGGGACUGGGUGAUCCCUCCCAUCAAGGUCCCUGAAAAUGAGAGGGGCCCGUUCCCCAAAAAGCUGGUUCAGAUCAAAUCCAACCGGGACCGGGAGGCGAAGAUCUUCUACAGCAUUACGGGGCAGGGGGCGGACACCCCCCCCGAGGGCAUCUUCACUAUCGAGAAAGAGACGGGCUGGAUGAAGGUGACGCAGCCGCUGGACCGGGAGCACAUGGACAAGUACCACCUCUUCUCCCACGCCGUGUCCGAGAACGGCAAGCCCGUGGAGGAGCCGAUGGAGAUCAUAGUGACGGUGACGGACCAGAACGACAACAAGCCCCAGUUCACGCAGGAGGUGUUUAGGGGCUCCGUGCCUGAGGGUGCUUUGCCAGGCACCUCGGUGAUGCAGGUGAACGCCACGGAUGCAGAUGAUGCUGUGGAAACCUACAACGGUGUCCUUGCCUACUCCAUCCUCAGCCAGGAGCCACGGGAGCCCCAUCCCCACAUGUUCACCGUCAACAGGGCCACCGGCACCCUCAGCGUCAUUGCCAGCGGCCUCGACCGCGAGCGCGUGCGGGAGUACACGCUGACUGUGCAGGCGGCCGACCUGGAUGGCGAGGGGCUGACCACAACAGCACUGGCCGUGAUUGAGAUCACAGAUGUGAACGACAACGCCCCCGAGUUUGACCCCAAAACGUACGAGGUGGCCGUGCCGGAGAACGAGGCUGGGCUGGAGGUGGCCCGGCUGCUCACCAUGGACCUGGAUGAGCCCCAGACGCCGGCGUGGCGCGCCGUCUACUCCAUCGUGCGCGGCAACGAGGGCAGCGCCUUCACCAUCACCACUGACCCUGCCAGCAACGAGGGCGUCCUGCGGACGGCCAAGGCUCUGGACUACGAGGCCAAGCGACAGUUUGUGCUCCACGUGGCCGUGGCGAACGAGGCCCCCUUCGCCGUCAAGCUGCCGACGGCCACAGCCACGGUAACGGUCAGCGUGGAGGAUGUGAACGAGGCACCUGCCUUUGACCCCCCGGUGCGGCUUGCCCAGGUGGCGGAGGACGCGCCGCUGGGGCAGCCCCUCGCCUCCUACACGGCCCAGGACCCCGACAGAGCCCAGCGGCAGCGCAUCAAGUACGUGGUGGGCAGCGACCCUGCGGGCUGGCUGGCCGUGCACCCGGAGAACGGGCUCAUCACGGCGCGGGACCACCUGGACCGCGAGUCACCCUUCGCCAAGAACAGCACCUACAUGGCCGUGCUGCUGGCCGUGGAUGACGGUUCUCCCCCUGCCACGGGCACUGGCACCCUGCUCCUCACCCUGCUGGACGUGAAUGACCACGGCCCUGAGCCUGAGCCCCGCAACAUCGUUGUCUGCAACCGCAGCCCCGUGCCCCAGGUCCUCACUGUCAUCGACAGGGACCUGCCCCCCAACACGGGUCCCUUCCGUGCCGAGCUGAGCCACGGCUCGGGGGACAGCUGGGCGGUGGAGGUUGGUGACACAGGUGACACCGUCACCUUGCGGCUGACGGAGCCGCUGGAGCAGGAGGAGUACAGCGUCUACCUGCGGCUCUUCGACCGCCAGGGCAAGGACCAGGUCACCGUCAUCAAGGCGCAAGUGUGCGACUGCCAGGGGCGGGUGGAGAGCUGCGCCUACGAGCCGCAGACGGCCACCGGCGUGCCCAUCAUCCUCGCUGUCCUGGGCGCCUUCCUGGCUUUUCUGAUCAUCCUGCUGCUGCUGCUGCUCUUUGUGAGGAGGAGAAAGGUGGUGAAGGAGCCGCUGCUGCUGCCUGAGGAUGACACGCGGGACAAUGUCUUCUACUACGGGGAGGAGGGUGGGGGCGAGGAGGACCAGGACUAUGACCUGAGCCAGCUGCACCGCGGCCUGGAUGCCCGCCCCGAGGUGAUCCGCAACGACGUGGCCCCCCCGCUGAUGGCAGCCCCCCAGUACCGGCCUCGUCCUGCCAACCCCGAGGACAUCGGCACCUUCAUCGACGAGAACCUGAAGGCGGCUGACACAGACCCCACGGCCCCCCCCUACGACUCCCUGCUGGUGUUCGACUACGAAGGCAGUGGUUCGGAGGCCGUCUCGCUCAGCUCCCUCAACUCUUCCGACUCCGACCAGGACCAGGACUACGACUACCUCAACGAAUGGGGCAACCGCUUCAAGAAGCUGGCGGAGCUCUACGGCGGCGGGGAGGACGAUGAGUAGGGCCCCCCCCGGCCCCCCGUGCUGCUGCUCCUGCUGCCGAAAGCCUUACCCCUGCCUGUGCCUUGGGGCCAGCGCUGCCCCCUCCCUCCCGCACUCCCUGUGAUGCCUUCUGCAUCCGCUGAAGUGGCCUCAGCUUCCUCCUGUGUAUUUUUUAAUGAAAUAAAUGUAGUGUGAUGAUACAGAUGGGCUAAGCUGGGUUAUGUAGAAGUUUUAAUAAAGGAUGUGGAUUUCUUUUUUA